UCUGCAGGAAUGACUGCACUGCUAUGUAAUAUGAAUAAACAAAUUGCAAUAUUUUAUCCAACGAUUACUUUCCAAAGGCACAAUUGGUGUGUGAUAAGGAGAAUAUGUAUGUCUGUCUCCCGAUGCCAGAGUCAAGCCCAACCAAACGGAAAAGUGCUCCCCAGGAGCUGGUAGGUGUGGUGGGUCUGGAGAUCCAUGCUCAGCUCCACUCCAACACCAAGCUGUUUUCUGGCUCCCAGGUCGGGUUCCAGGCUCCACCUAACUCCCUGGUGUCCUUCUUUGAUGCCUCCUUGCCUGGAACUCUACCUGUGCUGAACAGACGAUGUGUGGAGGCUGCAGUGAUGACAGGCUUGGCCCUUAACUGUACCAUCAACAGGAAGUCUCUCUUUGACAGGAAGCACUACUUCUACGCUGACCUUCCUGCGGGCUACCAGAUCACCCAACAGAGGCUGCCCAUCGCGGUGGACGGCACCCUGACCUACAGUCACCUAGGGUGCCGUAAGAGGAACACGGUGGUCACCAAGAGUGUCAGGAUCAAACAGAUCCAGUUAGAGCAGGACAGUGGCAAGAGCCUCCACGAUGACUACAGGAGCCAGACCCUUAUAGACCUCAACAGAGCAGGUGUGGGUCUGAUGGAGCUGUUGAUGGAGCCAGACAUGAGCUGUGGAGAGGAGGCAGCAGCAGCCGUCAGAGAGAUGCAGCUCAUACUGCAGGCUCUAGGGACCUGCCAGGGAAACAUGGCUGGUGGGGAGGCCUGCAUUGGACACACACACUCACUGACACACCAGGGAAACAUGGCUGAGGGCCAGCUGAGAGUGGAUGCCUACGUGUCCGUCCACAGACCUGGGGAUCCUUGGGGCAUCAGGACUGAGGUCAAGAACAUCAACAGUGCCCGCAACCUGGCCAGGGCCAUAGACUAUGAGAUCCAGAGACAGAUGUUUGUCCUGGAGAGCGGCGGCACGGUGCAGAACGAGACACGGUCGUUUGAUGGCAAGACUGGACACACCAUUCCAAUGCGAGACAAGGAGGGCCUUCAGGACUACAGGUUCAUGCCGGAGCCCAACCUGCCUCCUCUGAUGGUGUACGAGGCGUGCUCUACAGCCCCCCCUGGUGUUGCCCCCAGCCAGGUGGUGGUUCUGGAGGAGGUGAGGGAGAGGCUGCCGGAGCUGCCCAGCGUCAGGAGGCAGAGGCUGGUGGAGACCUACGGCAUCCUCCCCGAACAUAACUUCACCCUGGUGAAUGAGGACGGGCUGAUGGACUACUUUGAGGCCGUCGUCAAGGAGACCAAGGCUGGACCGAGAAAGGUGAUUGGCUGGGUGAUGAACGAGCUGCAGGGCCUCCUCCAUCAACAGAACCUGAGUGUCAGCCAGAGUCCGAUCUCUCCUCAAGCUCUAGCCCAGAUACUGAAUCUCCAGGAGAAUGGACAAAUCUCGUCUUCUAUCGCCAAGCAGGUGUUCCAGGAGCUGUGGAAGACCCCAGGUAAAACGGCCCAGUAGAUCGUGAAGGAGCAGGACCUGGGGAUCGUCAACGACAGCACAGAGAUCCACAGGAUUUGCCAGAAGGUGGUGGACUCACACCCAGACCAGGUCCAAGCCAUCCGCAGUGGGAACAAGAAGGUUCUGAACAAGCUCAUGGGUCUGGUCCAGAAGGAGACUAAAGGCAGGGCUGACCCAGUCCUGGUACGGGCCAUCCUGGAGCAGAAGACCUCCUGAGGACUAACUAACACUGUCUGUGGCCACCUUGACUGCCUCAACCUUUAAAUGCCUGGUGGAAUAUCAAACUGGUCCAAGAGGCAGCAAGCAUGACAUCUUUAUGACUUCAUCAUAGUUAACAUGUCCUCUGGUCAUGAGGAUUAUUGUUGCUAAAUCAACUGUCUGUCAUUUUGUCUUCUGGCACCGUAACCGCCUUUAAGUUGUUGCAGUUGUAUUGCAACUUUAUUUGUGUACAUAAAUAUAUUCUAAUUCUCUUUGGAGUGUGCACAUUUAUCCCCUCCCAAAAACACACACUUCAUCGAAAACUGUCAAAGGAAUGGGAUGGCAUACACAUCCUCCAUGAUAAUCACACUUUAAGCAGAGCCAUUCUUGAAUCCAUUUUCAGUUUGGAACACUCUGAACCCACCAAUGGCAGAACACAGCUAAUAAAGGUAAGGCCCAUUACCAGGCAGUUUGGGAGUCGUCCCAGAAGUCAUCUUUCUGCUUUUAUCACUGUCCUCUGGCAGCACUGGAAUGAAUCAGGAGCGCAACAGAGGACGGAAGUACUAUACGCAAUGCAUCGCCUUAUACUCCCUCUAAAAUGGAUCGGAUUAGGAAUGAUUUAGAGGUCAGUGUUCAGUCAGAGGAAGUAGUCAUGAGUAGUGAGCGCCCCCUUGUGGCUGUCAAGUGAAGGAGAUACAUCUUUCGUUUAGCCUUCUAUGCUUGUCUCUAGAGUUAGGCAUCUCUUUUACAUUGUUUGCCAAAUCACGAGGUAAUUCAAUACUGGUUGGCUGUGUGCAUGUGACUUCAAUUUGGUAACGUAGGUGGUUGCCUUCCAUUCAUCCCCUUUGUUUCUAUUGAAUGCCGUAUGCAGUGACCUAUAUAAGAGGUAUUGUACUUUCUUCUUUUUUUUUUUAAUCAAGGAGGGUUUGUGGCUGGCUGCUGUUUGAGUGCCUGUGAAGAAGACCUAGUUUUGAACAGAAGCUGGGUCACUGGAUGAAUGGCUGUCAGAAGCCCUGUUUAUACCUGCUGUUAACAUUCGUCCUGAUCUUGUCCGUUUACACUUAGAUCUGAUCACAAUGCGUUUUUUAAACGUCCAAAAAUGUAGCCACAAUCAGAAUUGGACAAGAUCAGGACAAAGGCUGCAUGUUAGAACAGGGCUAGAGGGGGGAUUGUUUACUAAAUGAGGCCAGAGGAGUCCACUGAACAAACCAUUGAAAACAACCACUUCUGGGUGAAAGAAGAGGAAGGAAAAAUGUGUUUUCCCUGUGUUUUGCAUUUCACUUUGCCGAGGUGAAGCUAAAAUGUAAAUUUGGGUAGAGAAGCUGUCAAGUCAAAACACAUGACAUAAUAUUCACCUGUUCUUCAAUAAAAACGUAU